GUCUCACCUGCUGCGUACGUCAGGUCUCAUUGGCACCAAUCAGGAGAAUCAAAAGCUGUCAAUUCCUACCUGCUGGCUCUCUUCGCGUUCCACUCAGACGGAGCAUGGUUGCGUUCAAGGGGCUUUAUCAUCGUUUCUCCCGCCUGGCGAAGGUUGUGGCACACAGGCAGAUAAGAAGAUGCGACAAGCGGCGAGCUGCGUUAACAGAAAUGGACAGUGAAAAGAGCCUUGCAGUGUCAGACGGAGAGUUGAAUAUGUCUGCGCGGAGCUGUGCAGGCAGCAGCUCCAGCCUCCCUGGGACCCCGGGCGGCGUGGCCUACCCAGCUAACAGUGUGCUAAGCUGGGCAGUCUCCUUUGAGAAGCUGCUGGAAGACCCCAGUGGAGUCAGCAACUUUACAACCUUUCUGAAAUCUGAGGUGAGUGCAGAGAACAUAUUAUUUUGGCAAGCCUGCGAACAGUUCAAGAAGAUCCCAGCCACAUCAUUGGAGGAGCUGAAGGCAGCAGCUCGCUCCAUCUAUGAAACUUACUUGUCUGAGAGUGCUCCCCACUCGAUCAAUAUUGAUGACACAGCCAAGAAAGAUGAAAAAGAAUUGGAACAACCCAUUCCUGAUAUGUUUAACAAGGCUCAAGCACAGAUAUUUAAGUUGAUGAAGAUGGACAGCUACAGACGCUUUGUGCGCUCGCCCCUCUACCAGAGUUGCACUUUGGCUAGUGUAGAAGGCAAACAUUUACAUCGGCUCGCCACAGAACCUUUCCGCACAGUAUCCUGGGAGGAUGUGGCUUAUCGAACCCAGAACUUAAGUGACAAACAGUGCAAGAAGUCAGAUGGCAUCACUUUUACAGCUGGCAAGAGCUCCGUUGAUAAACAGCGACAGAAAAGAGGAUCCUGGGGAGAUGCAUCCCACAGCAAUGUUUCACUUUCACACAGAGAGCAUAAAGCUGUCAAGUCGAGCAGUAAUGUGGAGCUCGACUCCCUCUACAGGCCGACAGAGAAUGGCCAAUCGUGUCCUCGCUCCCCGGAGCAAGCUGGCGUCUCUGGAGGACACUGUGGGGUGGAGGGCGGCUACUGCUGUGUCUACCUGCCUGACGGCAGCGCCUCCCUCGCGCCGACCCCUUAUGGCCUGCCCAUCAGAGACAUGCUGGCUGGCCUGUGUGAGAAAAGAGGCUUCUCACUGAAAGAUGUCAUCAUCUACCUUCAAGGCAAUGAUAAGCCAUUAUCGCUGGACCAGGACUCCUCUGUACUGAGAGAUCAGCAGGUUUUGCUUGAGCUUCGGGUGAUGUUUGUACUGGAAAAUGCAUUUACUGGAAAGACAGGUGGGAUCAUGGCAAAGUCCAGUAAGACUCUGCAGGAAGCCCUGUCAACAGUGUUACAGAAACAUAGUUUAAAGCCUCACGAGGCCCAGGUGACCAUUGUUGGGAGUGACGAGGCUGUGACCAUGAACACUACAGUGUUCAGCCUGUCCAAUAAGAUGCUGCGGCUUGACAAAGCCAGAGGUGGAAGAGACCAAAGCAACAUCCCCAGAGCUAGUGGAACUGCUGCUGCCACACAGGCAGGAUCAAGCAGCCUUCAGACCCGGUUGUCCCCUCAGACUGACAAAGCAAAGACUCCACCAAAGCCCAGUAAGAACCCCGACAUGGAUGGGCUCCUGGACAUGCUGACAAGGGCCCAGUGUUGCAGGGUUGAUGACCAGCGAGGUCUUCUCACCAAAGAACAGCUCAAGGUUCCUCUGUUCCUGCAGCUGCCCCCAGACCUGGGAAAGGAGCAACAAUCCGAAGAGUCCAGCACAACCACCUGUUCUACUGCACAGCCAGACAAGGUUACUGAGAACUCACCACCUUCCAAUUCAGCUCAAUCUCAAAAGACAGAUUUGCGGGAAACAUCUGUAUGAAAGACUUGGUGUGUGAGAUGGGGGGUGGGGAAAUAAUGUAAAGAACAUUAACACUCAUGCGUUCAAAAGAUUUUUCUGUACCACUUUUUAGUCAUUAACAAAUAAGCUCUCAGGCAGCAUUCUGCUUCCACUGAAGCUAAAGUUUGACCUCUUUAGGCAGAAGAGAAUGAAGGUAUGAGGAUACAUUUGAUAAAACACUACACUUCCUUAUAAGUACAGUGUUUCAUAUGAAAUAUUUUAAUCUAUCUGAAAUGAAAGUAUCUUGACGUGAAUCAGGCAAUUGCAUCACAUUUAUUUUAAUGAGAUUUCACGUCACCACGUUUAUUCCUUGUCAAUACUUAACCAGAAACUAUAGCUACACAGGACUGCAGGUUUUGAGGAAUAUUGCAUGUUGUUUCAAUUCAAGAUUAUAAAAUGUUUUAAGCUGAUUUUUAGUUUUGAAAGGAUGUCAUUUUGUGUGCCUGCUUGUUUUCCUAAUGUUUCUUUUUUCCAGAAUGUUUUGUUUGCUGUGAUGUAUUUUUUUAAAAAUAGUCUUCCUCUGCUGUCAUCUCCUCACAAUCUUAAUUCUCAGGUUUAUCAUUAUCACUUAGCGUUGUAAUGGAGGGGGUCAAUUAGUAGGUAUAACUGCUCAGGGGACAUAUUUUUAAAUAAUUAAAAUCUUGUCAAAUACAAA